AUGGAAUAUGCGUCGCUCAAGGACCACGAGGACGCCGUCGACCGCACGAGCGACGUGAUCUUCGCCGUGCUCGGGUUUGCUUACUUGUUUCCGUUCUGGGCGCUUGUCCAGCCCGUGGACUACUGGCACAUUCUCUUUCCAACGUUCAACGUUGAGUUUGAUAUUUCGUUGACGUACACGGUCGCGAGCGUGUUGACGCUCGUUUGGGUUGUGUUUGUCAGUGGCGUUCGCGGCCACAACGUUCGCAUCGUCGGGGGGCUCGCGACGCAAGUCGCAGUGCUGGUUGUCUUGCCGUUUGUGGCGCUCGUGCCGUCUCCAGUGUACCGCCAUGUCAUGGUGCUGACAUCGACCGUGUGGAUCGCAAUUGCCACAGCGAUCCUCGACAGUUCGGUGUUUGGCCUAGCGGCGCUGUUUCCCAAAGGCGCGAUCGAACACGUUCAGUUUGGAAUGGGCAUUUCUGGCCUUGUCACUGCCAUCUUUCGCGUGGUGUCCAAGGCGUGCUUCCCCGCCAGCAUGCUCACAGUGGCCACCACCACGUACUUCUUCGCAGGCGCUGUCACCGUUGGGUCAGCUAUCAUCGCUUACUUUGCGCUCCUCCGACUCCCACAGACGCAGGACCAUCUCCACGCCGACAGGACGCAGCAUUCCUUUCAAUGCCGCUUGCUUACCAAGGUGUGGAAAAACCAAGCACUCGUCGUCCUCAACUACGCAACGACGCUUGCCGUCUACCCAGGGGUAGUUUCGGAACUCAGGAGCUUUCAAUCCCCGAUGUUGAACUCCAACGAGUGGUGGCCACUCCUUCUGCUCACAUUAUACGCGGCCAUGGAAGUCGUUGGCCGAUAUGGCGCUGCGUGGAGUCACUGUGGUUUCACGCCCCAGUCCGUUUGGCGCGCCGUCGUCACGCGCCUCGUCCUCAUUCCCGCACUGGUGUGUGCGGCCAAAGGCGUGUGGCUCACUCAUGACAUCAUCUCAGUUGGCCUCGUCAUGGCACUUGCCUUGUCCAAUGGAUAUGUCGGCACUCUGACCGUCGUGUUGGUGAACGACUGCGUCGACCCUUCCGAACGCUCCGCGACUGGGAUGGUGUCGAGUUUAUGCAUCAACAUUGGCUUGAUUCUGGGGGCAGCAGUGGCAUACUUCGUAUCCCAGGCUGCUCACAUGUGA